AUGUUUCGUAGUCAAGUCGGAAGGAGAUACCUUUCGUAUCAAAACCAGUUGCGCAAUGCGGUUGAAAACGUGAAUACGUUGUUGGAGAAAAACGAUAGGCUGUCAUACCUAUUGGCACAAUACAUUCCGGAGCCUGCUAGAAACACAUUUCUUGCUAUUCAUGCUUUUGGCCUCGAAGUGAAUAAGAUUUCUGCCAAGUCUGCGGGAGCAUCUUUGGGCGGGAUUCCAGCCACAGACCUCAAAUUCAAGUUCUGGAGCGACUUGCUAACAAAAGCGUUUUUGGACAGCGGCAAUGUCGGAGAGCCCAUUGCAUUUUUGCUUCGAGACGGUCUCCGCAAUGGCGAGAACUUGGACAUCUCAUACUUCCAGCAGUUCUUGCAAACAAGAAAGCACUUCUUGCAGCAAAACCAGUUCGGAAGCGUCGCAGACAUUUGCUCCUAUGGUGAAGGUACGUAUUCGCAGCUCAAUUACGCUACGCAGGCGCUUCUACUAUCUCCACACAUCUCUCCUUCUGUAAUUCACCUUUUGGAAGAAUCUCCAGCGUUGCAGGGGAAAGUCAGCGAGGUGGCCGCGCACAUUGGCCAGUCUACCGCUAUCACAUCGAUGAUUUUGGGAUUGAACUACUAUGCGUCAUCAAAAAACUUUGUCACCUUACCUGUGGACUUGAUGUCCAAGUUCGAGCUCUCCCAAGAGUCUGUGUUACGCCUAAGCCAAGGCCAUUUGAAGGAGGAAGAGGUAUCUGAAACACGCGAAAAGCUCCGGAAUGUCAUCUACGAGACUGCAAUUACUGCUAAUGAUCACCUUUUAACCGCAAGAAGUAAGCUACAGGAGAUAAAAAGCGAGAUUUCCUCCGUUGUCGAGGAAAACGCAGCAGACGAACUUCUUGCUCGUGGUAAGAAGAACUGGCGUCAUGGCAUACCAGAUGUAGUCUUCACGCCUCUCACGGUGGCCAUUCCAACAUCGUUGUAUUUGCAACGUCUCGAGAAAAAUGACUUUGACGUAUUUAGCAAGAAGCUUCAGCAGAAAGAAUGGCGACUUGCGUGGACUUCUUUCCGCAGUUACUACCUGAGGACUAUAUAA